GAAUGAGAAGUAGGAACGUAAACAGGUAGAAUUUCAACUACAAUUAAUACUUUCCUUCUUAUGUUUUACUGUUUCUGCUCUCAAGGCCACCAGAAGGGAAUUGUGAUAAUUUUUCGAUAUUCGUGUUUAUUAUAAAUCCUCUCGGUGAAACUAGAAAAAGUGCAAUAUUUAUUCUUGCGAUACCUGUUAGUCUAGCUGAUUCGUCACAGAAACAUAACAUAGUUUUCAGACAUGGUUGAACCAAAUUGGAUAGAAAUCAACGAAAUUAAAGGAUUCGUAACAUUUCUAGCAAGUAUCGAUUGGUACGAUCCAUGGUUGAUUGGACUGAUAGCCUUCCAUGUGUGCAUCACCUCAACGGCAUUGCUGACGAGAAACUGUGGCAACUUUCAGGUGUUUUUAUUUUUUGUACUGUUACUGCUGGUGUACUUCUCCGAAAGCAUCAACGAGUACGCGGCGAUCAAUUGGAGGAUUUUCUCAAAGCAGCAGUACUUCGACGAUAAAGGACUUUUUAUAUCCGUUGUAUUUUCCGUGCCAAUUUUACUAAACUGCAUGCUGAUGGUAGGAAGCUGGCUAUAUCAAUCGACACAGCUGAUGACCCGCCUAAAAACAGCCCAACUCAAGCAACAAAUCCGACAGUCCAACAGCAGAUUACGGUUAACCGACGAGAAAGACGAGUGAAACCCGUCGUAUUUUCCAGUGGUUUCGGUUUAAUUGAAAACAAAACGUUGAAAAACAUACCCAUUUUUAACAAAUGCUGUGGGACGAUUGGAGAUAGUGAAUCUUGGUUUUACGCUUGAAAGCAUCGAAGAUCGUAAACGCAAAUAAGGUACGCUUAAAGAUCAUUUCUUUUAUCCCAGGGCACAUUUAUAUGCUCUAUGUUAAAAUUAAAAAAAUUGCUGCCAAUCAAAUAGGAACUUUCUUUACAAUCUUUGUGUUUCAGGUUUAAAAAAAAACAAAGUUUCAAAUUUAAUUACAAUCAUUACUUCCACAAAUAUAAAUGGAUGCUUGAGAAGCUUGCACGAUCCCAUAGGGACAUAGAAAACCGGUCUCGCACACACAUUUCGAAUAGCUCAGCGUGGUGCGGAUGGACAACACUAUUUUGGUGGUAGAGAAACUAUUGAACAUAUUUGUUGGGUGCAACACAUAAACGAUUAUGUAAAAAACAAAAACAGAACUAGAUCGAGCAAGCCCGCAGACGUAUCCUAGUCAAAUAGAAUGGGUGAGUAAAGCUUUGUUUGAUAGCACGAUAUUGAGUAUUAGAAGAUUAUAAGCUUCGAGUUAUAAUUCCAAUUCGAUGACAAAAAUUCAAACUGUGCCACGUUAUUGCGUUGGUACUACUCGGAUUACCUUUUCAUAAUACACAAAGCUUGUACACCAGGAGCAUAUUCCGCCCGCGCUGACAACUUGAUAGCUAAAGAUAACAGACUUCUUGUAUCCAUCACACGUCGUGUAGCUCUUUCGUUUCACGGCAUUAAACCAGCGAUAUUUCCAACAAUAAUCAUGAGGAAAUUGGUAAAAUAACUCAUUCGUGUUUAGUGAUAUGUACAUAGCGCAUAGCAGCAAACACCUGCGAGGAAAGAACUAAAAACCACAGAAUAAAGAGAAUUAUUAUUUUAAAUAGGUUGUUUCAUAAGUGUUUUUUGAAUGCGCUGAAUGCGAAAAUUAUUAU